AUGUUGUCUUUCUUACUGUUCGCAGGCCUGGCGGCUGCUGCUGCUGCUGCUGAGGUUCCGGGAUAUGUGAAUAAGUAUGCGCCCAUGGUAUACUUGUAUUCUGGAGAGAAUUAUCUCCCGGCGGAUAUCGGUGCGCAGCUCGAGAACACGCAUCCUGAUCUGAACUUUACAAAGCUGGAUGUUGCGGCUCCCACGUUGGAGAACCUGGACGAUCUGAACAGUACGCAGAACUCGAACGGGGGACAGGAUGUCUAUCUUACUUCCAACUCGGAUCCCACCACCAAUCCACGACCACAAUACCUCUCCGGCGUCCGGCCAGAUGCCAACGGCAAGACGGAGAAUGCCGUCUCCUCCGUCAUCAUCACCACCGCCCACCCCGAGAACCAAACCCUCGACGCUUUCUAUUUCUACUUCUACGCCUUCGACUACGGCGGCGAUUACCCUUCCAUCGGCGACCCCUUCAUCGGAAACAUCGGCAACCACGUGGGAGACUGGGAACACAACAUGAUCCGCUUCAAUUCCACCACCGGCCUGCCGCUCCAAGUCUGGUACAGCCAGCACGCCUCUGGCCAGGCUUUCACCUACGCCGCGACGGAAAAGUACGGCAAAGAAGCCCUCCGUCCCGUCACCUACUGCGCCAACGGCUCGCACGCCAACUACGCCAAGAGCGGCACCCACGACCACACCAUCCCGGGCGUCACCCUCCCCUACGGCCCCAUCGAAGACCACACCGACAACGGCACCCUCUGGGACCCCACGCAGAACGCAUACUACUUCUCCUUCACCCCUUCUUCCUCCCCCUCCAACACCUCCGACGACACGGGCACUUUCACCGCCUACAACAGCACCAAUACCACCACCACCGCGCCGGCAAAUUUCCUCUCCUUCACCGGCCACUGGGGCGACGAAAUGCCGCCCGAAAGCGACGCGCGCCAGAAAUGUUUCCUCGACAUCGCCGCUCUGUGCGCGUAUACCAGCGGCCCGACGGGGCCUUAUUUCAAAGAUUUGAACCGCGCGCGGGUUUGCCCGGAUAGCGAUGAGGAGUGUCUUGUUUAUACGAUUCUCUUGCCGAGGCGGGAGAGGUUGCAUUUUAGAUUUCAGGCUUGA